UGCAAAGCUCGCGCUGAAACGGGCACGAAGCCGUCGUUUUAUUUAUUGCACGGAGCGACGGAAAGGAGAACUGCCUGACGCAUCGCAGCUUGGCCCACACGCUCCUUGUGGUCCCUGUGGCUUGGGGCCGGGCUGCAGUCGCAGCCUGGCCCCAGCCCCGCCUUUCUCCUCUUUUUAAAGGUUAUAAAAAGCAGUUGCUGUCAGUUUGCUGCUCUGCUGCUUCCUCUUUUGAUCCGUUGCGAAAGGAGAAAGCACUUCAUGUCUUGGCGUGAACUCCUUCCCCCCUGGCUGGUGAUCACAGCAGGACUGACGGGCAUCGUGCUGCUUUGUGUCUCCACUAAAGAUGUGCCCGUCACACCUCUCAGGACCAAGUAUGGCAUUGUUCUGGAUGCUGGCUCAUCCCACACCAUCCUGUUCAUCUACCAGUGGACCACCACCAAGGGAAACAAGACCGGGGUGAUCAGGGACUGCAGCUCCUGUCUGGUGCAAGGUCUGGGAUUCUCCAACUACUCAGAUUUUCCUCAGAAGGUAGAGAAGAGCUUGGAGUCAUGUUUGAACUGGGCCCAGAAAGAGAUCCCAGCAGAUCAGCACAGCCAAACCCCCCUCUACUUCGGAGCAUCCGCCAGCAUGAGGCAGCUGAACCUCACCCAUCCCACCCUCCCUGAUGGUGUCCUUGCAGCCCUGACUGUGGCCCUGAAGUCAUCCCCCUUUGACUUCCAGAGGGCACAAAUCCUCUCCAGUCCAGAAAAGGAAGCAUUCAAUUGGGUUGCUGUUAAUUAUGUCCUGGGGAACUUCUUCAAGUACGACUGGCGGGGACAGUUAGUCCCCUCCGGGAAGAGGACGGCAGGAGUCCUGUCCAUGGGAGGAACCUCAGCACAGCUCACUGCCGGGGUAAAAGAAGAGAACCAGGCACCAAUGGAGGGAGCAAGGCUGCAGCUGUAUGGGCAGACACACAGCGUGUACACUCGCCGCUGCCCCUGCCAUGGCACGGACCAGCUCCGCAGCAGCCUGCUCUCCACACUCAUUCAAGAACAGAGAAGUGCUAAAACCAUGUCUAAUCCCUGCUGGCCCCUCUCCUACUCCCGGGAAGUGCAGUGGCAUUCAGUGCACGAGGGGCCUUGUGCUGUCAGUAAUGACACAUCGGACAUCCCUGGCCCUGAGGUCUUCAAAAUCACCGGCUCCAGCAAUCCCACUGCCUGCAUGGGACUCGUCCAGAGGCUGCUCAACACCUCCUCUUCCUGCAGCUUCUUCAAGCAUCCCCUCAGCAGUGUUUUCAAGCCCUUCCAGACCAGGUUUCUGGUGAUGUCUGAGGCCAUGGAUUUCAUGAGAGAAACUGUACGCUCUCCGGACUUGGGCCAGGCAGUCAACAGGCUUUGUGGAAUGUCCGUCAAAGAGCUGGUCAAAGAGUCCCAAACAAGCCUGGAUACACUUGCUGAUUAUUGCCUCGUGUCUGUCUUCAUCUUUCAUCUCAGCACAAAGGGAUACAUGUUUGACUUGGACAGGUCUGUCUGGACUGCAUUCCAGGAGAAGAUGGGUGACCCAUCAUCGGGCUGGACUCUUGGAUACCUGCUGAAUUUGACCAACACCGUCCCCCAGGACAGCCCAACCUUCCUCAAGGGGAUUGAACCAGGGGUCUGGUCCUUGCUCCUCGUCCUCUUUGUAGUGCUGCUCACCGGCUCGUUCAUGCGCAUCUCGUACCGAGUGAUGGUCAAGGAAAACAGCUUCAGUAACAGGAACAGCAGCGUUUUUGAUGACGACUGACAGUUAUUCUGGGACUCGAUACUCUUGCCAGGGGUACAUACAGAAAUCACACAGAUGUGGAAGAUGCAAGUGACUUUUCUGGAGGACUCCCAGAGCCUUAUUUCAACUUGCCAACACUUGCAUUACUGUCCAGUGAGACAAAAGACCCUGUUCUGCAGGAAGCCUGUGAUUUCUGGUGGAUCACAAGCGAUUUGUUCUCCAAACGAGAGCACAGCCUGCACAGAUCUUGCUUGGGCUGCAGCUGAGAUUACUCAUGUCCACCUAACAAGGCGAUGCCUCUGAGCAGUCAGGCCCUGAGCUACUGUACAGCUAAUAUUGAAUAACCCUGUCUAAUCAGAAGAGGUGGCAUCUGAAAAAAAGUGCUCUGUCCUCCGCUGUGCCCACAAGAGAGACAAUACCUCCAGUAUUGCCACCAGUGAAGACUGGAACAGCAUUAAAAUGUAAUGAGAAUAUAACAGCCAACUGGUUUCCAUGUUCUAAGGAAGAAAGCAGGUAUUUUCUGCCUGAUCUGUCUGUUCUUCCACCUCAGGGAUGGUAUCCAUGCAUCUGAUCCAUUCUGCUGACCAAGAAUCCUUCAAAUGCAAUGUUUUUCAGUCUUGUCAUCCACAAAAUGCGCAUAGCAUCAAAGGAGAAACAAAAUGCACAGACACACAGCUGAAUUCCUGUCUCUCAGCUGAGUCAUGGCAACUCGGGGUUAAAAUUGACAAUUUAAGCUCUUUAAUCAAGACUUAAAUUAACACAUUUCAUUUCACAUCUACUCAAAUCAGGUGCAUGGUGGGCUGAGGUUCACCAGUUGGUUCAUUUGCACUGAGCUGCUUGUCUCGCUGACUCUGGAAGUGUCUCAUCCAAUACUGUCCUUUCGAGAAGAGCAGACCCAGGGACAGAAGCUUUCCUAAUUGUCAGGCCAAUGACUUUCACCUUAGACAGUGACCAGAUUUACUUUAUAACCCAAUACUCAGGAUUCCUCUGGGACUUGGCAGUCAUUCCAGUUCCUCUGGUCUGCUCUGCUCAUCUAAAAGGUGAGGUGGUGCACAAAUUCCUCAUGUUACUGAGAAGACAAGGGAUGGGUUCAGACAAAUAGCGUUCUUUGACUAAAACAUUUAGAGUUCACAUCUUGGAUUUCUUCAGAGACUUAAACACACAGGCUGUUAAAAUCCUAAGAGAGAAGCGUCUCCUACUCAUUUCAGAGUACUUUAACUAGAAAUGUAAAUGUUCACAGAUGCAAUGACGUGCCUUGCAGGAUUUUUUAAAGCUACUGUGGCACCCAUAUCCUUUCAAAUCUGACUAUUAAUUACUUGUGCUCCCAACUCUUAUAUAGGACAUGCUCCCUCCCCCACAAUAUUGGGACAUUCAUACAUUUUCAGGCCAAUUAAUGAAGGUUUGGAACCUGUCAGUCAAGUUUGGAGGGGUGUGGAAACAGAUUUAAACAAGCUUCAUAUUCAUUUCUUUGAGUUGCACGCUGGAUAUUUUUAAUUAUAUCAUGUUAUUAAAGAUGUUUUAAUAGAC